AUGCUGUUUGCUCGCUGUCUUGCUGAACUCCCGAGCGAGAGCUGCAAAGUAUGCCCCGGCCGCAGUUUGCGCUGCCGCGGCCGUGGUUGCAGCUGGGCUGGAGGAGGCCCUGAACGAGGUCCAGCUGCCGUUCCCGGAACGGCGCUGCGGCUCGUCUCCGCAGGAGGCUUCGCGGCGAUUGCAAGCACAACCCGGCGGCGAGCGGCGCUGCGACAUUGCCGAACCGCUUGCAAAGGAGAUGCGACUUCGGACGUGCGAGUGGUGACUUACAAUGUGCUGUCGCCGACACUCUGCUCCGCAAGGCGAUUCCCACACUGCAAAGAACAGGACCUCUUGGAAUCCGUCAGAUGGCCGCGGCUGGUUACGCAGCUGGAUGCCGCACUAGCAGAGACGACUCCAACAGUCUUUUGCUUGCAAGAGGUGGACGAGCUUUGGGCCAGCAAGCUGCACGCGCACUUCCAGCGACGGGGCUGGCACUUUGCAUAUGCCAUGACACCAUUGACGUAUUUUCCACCAAUUGGGGUGGCUUUGGCCUUCCCAGGGGAUCUCGAGCUGGAGGAACUGCUGAUGGUUCGGCCUGCAGCACAGCUGAAACUAGCACCACCGCGCUCCCCCAGUACACGCUGGCAGCGGUUCAAGGACUGGAUCCUUGACCACACGGUGCGGAACCACACAGACUCAGACGAGGGUGCGGCCUGGACACUCGCAGCUCGGAAACAGAACCGGCUGCUGGCAGCCAAGCUGAAGGUGAAGUCCGGAUCCAGUUUCGUCGUUGCCACGUACCACAUGCCAUGCUUAUUCGACGAACCUCUGCAAAGGCAAGCAAAGGCCAUCCAUGCUGCGCUCUUGCGCGAGGCCCUGAUGCUGCACUUCCCGGAGGAGCAGUCGCUGGUCUUGGCCGGAGACUUCAACACAAAGCCUGAGGACUCAGAACUUCAAGUUCUGACGGAAGGAGCGCUUUCGGAGUCGGAUGUGGCAUGGCCAACGGCGCUGACCGACCAGGGCCUUGACUUUGCACAAUGGGAGGCUGGGUCUCUGCAGCUGCGCAGCGCCUACGCGCAGCAGGGCGGCGAGCUGGAGUACACCAACUACGCCUGGAUUGAGGAGAGUCGAGUCCUCGGGGGCGCAUGGAAAUGGUCGCCAAAACGAACAUUUCUUUCUAUCCGACUACACCAUUUUAGUGGGAUUCUUCGUGAAGUGGUGCCCUACCGUUGGCUGAACAUCAGAGGAGAUACCGCAAGCUGA